AUGAAUGUCAUGAACGGCAUGCCAGCGCCGCCUGCGCUGUGGCAGGAAGCUAGAAAUUCCGAUGGUAGAGUCUACUACUAUAAUGUCCAGACCAAGGCAACCCAGUGGACAAAACCACUGGAGCUUAUGACUCCUGCAGAGCGUGCAUUGGCAAACCAGCCAUGGAAGGAAUAUACCGCCGAGGGUGGCCGGAAGUAUUGGUACAAUACGGAGACGAAACAGAGCUCAUGGGAGAUGCCUGAGGUCUAUAAAACAGCCCUUGCCCAGCAACCUCCUCAACGACCUAUUCCUGCUGCUCCAACCUUCGUUGCAGGUGGCACUGCAGCCUUUCCUACCUACCCCCAACAACGUGAACGAGAUGACCACGACCGGGGUGCGUCGGAUCGACGUGGCGACUACGGGCCUCCUGAUACCAACGGCAUGGUGGCAAGAUCUACGGUUGGCGCCCAGCAGACUGAGCCAGAAUAUCCUAGUUUCGAAGAGGCCGAAGCUGCUUUUAUGAAGCUACUACGACGGAGCAAUGUACAGCCAGAAUGGACGUGGGAACAGACAAUGCGAUUGAUCAUCAAGGAUCCGCAAUAUCGUUCAUUAAGGGACCCAAGGGAGCGCAAGGCGGCGUUUGAGAAAUAUGCCCUUGAGGUUCGCAUGCAGGAAAAGGACCGCGCCAAAGAGAGACUGGCUAAACUCCGUGCGGAUUUUGGUACCAUGCUGAGAAGUCACCCGGAGAUCAAGCACUUCUCGCGUUGGAAGACUAUCCGGCCUAUUAUAGAAGGCGAAACGAUAUUUAGAUCCACGAGUGAUGAGAAUGAGAGACGGCAGCUGUUCGAGGAGUAUGUCAUUGAGCUUAAGAAGGAGAAUUCCGAACGGGAAGCUGCUGCUCGCAAGGCUGCCAAGGAAGACCUGGCGGAUAUUCUUAACGCUUUGGAACUGGAGCCAUAUACUAGAUGGGCCGAGGCGCAGGGGAUUAUCCAGUCGAAUGAAAGGGUUAAGAAUGAUGAUAAAUUCAAAGCCCUGACGAAAUCGGAUAUUCUAACUGCAUUUGAGAACCAUAUCAAAUCCCUAGAGCGAACCUUCAAUGACACUCGCCAGCAGCAAAAAGCCAAAAAGGCCAGACGAGAGCGCAAGAACAGAGAGCAAUUUAUAGAGUUGCUAGAAGAACUUAGGAAAGAUGGAAAGAUCAAGGCUGGCAGCAAGUGGAUGAAUAUUCUGCCCGUAAUCGAGGGUGACCCCCGUUAUAUCGCUAUGCUAGGUCAGCCAGGUUCAACGCCUCUUGAUCUGUUCUGGGACGUUGUGGAAGAAGAGGAGAGAGCCCUGAGAGGCCCCAGAAACGAUGUUUUGGAUGUUUUGGAUGAUACUCGUUACGAAGUUACACCAAAAACCACUUUCGAAGAAUUCAGUGAGGUCAUGGCUACCGACCGCCGCACUGCAAGAAUUGAUCGCGACACCUUGCAGUUGAUCUUUGACCGCGUCAGAGAGAAAGUCCUCCGGCGCAGCGAAGACGAGAAGCAUGCAGCAGAUCGCCAUCAACGCCGGGCCAUCGAUUCCCUCCGCUCACGCAUCAAGCAUCUGGAACCACCUGUCCGCGCCUCCGACACCUGGGACCAAGUGAAACCUCGUAUCGAAAAACUAGAUGAAUACCGCACACUCGAGACGGACGACUUGCGUCGCAUCGCCUUCGAUAAAGUCAUCCGCCGCCUCAAAGACAAAGAAGAAGACGCAGAACGCGAGCGGGAUCGCGCCAGCAGUCGUCGUGAACAUUACGAUCGUUCAGAUCGCUCAGAUCGUGACCGAGGCCGCGAUCGCGAUGCACACAAUGGCAGCCACGGGUACCGCAGUGAGCGACGCAGAGGCGCGAGCCCUAGCCGCCUCAGCCACACACCAGAACCGGACGCCUACGAAGCGGACCGGCGCAAAGCACAAGCCGACCGCGAGAGAUCCUACCGGAAAGCCAGUGGACUCUCCCCACCGCCCGGACGGGAGCGAGACCGCGAACGUGAUCGCGAUCGCGAUCGCGACGGGGCCAGGGAUAGAGAUAGAGACCGCGACCGGGACCGAGAGCGGGAUAGGCCCAGCAGCCGUCCACUGCUUAGCCACUAUGACCGCGACCGGCGUGAGAGGGAGGAUGAGCGUGAGCGGCUGUAUCGAUCCCGCGCGGACCCGAGGAGUAGUCGGGACGAGUUGGAUUAUGGCGGUGGCAACAGUGGUGCUACUGGCGACUCGGCGGCGCGGAGUACCACGGGAACGGUUACUAGUGAACGCAGGCGGCGUAGGGAUAGUGAGACGGAUAGCAUUGGAAGUCGGAGCGCGAAGCGGUAUAGGAGGGAUGGGGCAGUGGAGGGCGGCGGGCGGGGGUCUAGGAGGGAUAGGGAUAGAGAUAGAGAUAGAGAGCGAAGAGCGGAGCGGGAGCGGGAGCGGGAGCGACGGCGAGAGCGAAAGAGUAAGGGCAGUGCAUUCCGGUAG